GACAAGAUUUGGUGAGAGGAAAAGAAAACUAUUGCGAAGCAAGAGCGGAACCCGAUUGACCACAUCUCUAUUGAUCAUGGGCUACACCGACAUUAGAAAAAAAACCGGCUGUGUGGUUGGUGGUGGUCAAUUGCAACGUGGCCAAUCGGGAAACGCUCCCGUGUGGCAAUAAAAAAGAAGGCCCUAUGUUUGUGUCUGCAACCCUCUCGCCAUUGAGCAGUGAAAUUGAACGAAUUGGCAUGCACGAGUUUAUUCAAUGAUUCACAACAUGUUCGUAACAAGUGUGAAACGGGGUGGUAUUCCAUGUUUGCCCACGGAAUUAAACCUAGCUCUUACAUUGCACGGUGGUCAAUCAUUCAGAUGGACCAAUUGUGAUGGUGGAUAUAGAGGGGUGUUUAACAGUUAUGUUUGGACUUUGUCUCAAAACGAAACGCAUUUAUUAUACACUGUACAAGGACGACAAUUAGAGGAUUCUGUCAACUAUGAUAAUAUUUUAUCCGAAUAUUUAAGGUUAUCGGUAUCGUUGCGGGAACAUUACAAAAAAUGGGUAUUAGUGGAUACAUAUUUCCAAAAGUGCUUAAAUGAGAACAAUGCCGUUCGAAUUCUGAAACAAGACGUUGUAGAGACUUUAUUCUCAUUUAUAUGUAGUUCCAAUAAUAAUAUAACAAGGAUAUCAAAUAUGAUUGAAAAAUUAUGCUUAUUAUUUGGCCAAAAAAUAUGCUCAGUUGGAAAUAAGGAAUAUUACGAUUUCCCAACGAUACAGUCUUUAAAGGAAAAGAAGAUAGAAAAUAUAUUGAAGAGAGAAAAAUUUGGCUACCGCGCUAGAUAUAUUGUUAAUGCAGCAGAGCGUUUGUCAAUGUUAGGUGGGAAGAAUUGGCUUCUGAAUCUACAAAGAGAAAAUAAUGUUUCCUAUCGUACAGCCAGAGAACAACUGAUGACUUUGCCAGGAAUUGGUCCCAAAGUUGCAGACUGCAUAUGUUUGAUGUCAUUGGGACAUCUAGAUGCUAUACCUAUAGAUACACAUAUUUUUCAAAUAGCACAAACAAAUUAUUUACCACAUUUAAAGGGGCAGAAAACAGUUACACCAAAGAUUCACGCAGAGAUCAAUGAUCAUUUACGAGAAUUAUGGGGCCCAUUGGCUGGAUGGGCGCAAGCUAUUGUGUUUUCUACUAAAAUCAACACCAGAUCUGGAUUAAUCGGAAAGCGAAAACAUGAAAAACAUACAGACAAGAAUUCAGUAUCCAGAAAAAUGUCUAAAUAGAUAAUGUAAUUAAGGAACCUUUUAUAAGUAACUUUUUAUAAUUAAAGAUUAUUUAUAUAUAUAUACACACAUGUAUUACGAAACAAACUCAUGGAUGAGCAAUCCUCUUCAACAGUGCCUUAUAUCACAUUUUAUUUCUUACACAGUUAUUAGGCACAAAUAAAUGCUAAUAAUUCGUAUAAAAUUGAGCACAUUACACGAUUCACACAAAUCGUACGGAGAUGACUGGCAGUUUUUUUUUUUUUUUUUUUUUUUUUUU